GAGAGACGGCCGGACAGUGUUCCCAAAACGCUUAUAUAUCGCUUAGCAACCCAGCAAGCUUGUCUUCCCAAACCAGCAGCAGGUUCUCCCUCCCUGCGGCAACGCUGGCAUUCGCUCUCCUCAGCAAAUUCCUCCAUCUGUCGCCCAUUUCCUCACCACCUUCGUCUCCAAUAUAUAUACAGGAGCGAGCCGCUGACCUCUCCCUCUCUCUCGGCGUUGAAAGCAGUACGACAGAGGCUAGCUAGCUAGUGUACUGUCCCGGCACUGCACAUAGCAGCAGCAGGGACAGGCGGAGAGCUAGCUAGCCAGCCAGCCAUGGCGCCGGCAUUGCCUUGUAGCAGGCCAAAGCUGCUGCUCCUGUGCGUGGCCCUGGCCUUCCUCCUGGCCGUGGACGUGGGCAGGGCGGACAUCUACAAGGACAUCCAGAUCAUAUGGAGCGCGGACCACACCUACUACUUCAUGGACGGCGACAGCGAGGCGCUGGCGCUCUCGCUCGACUUCAACCGCGGCUCCGCCUUCAAGUCCAACGACAUGUACCUCUACGCCCGCAUCGACAUCGACAUCAAGCUCGUCGAGGGCAACUCCGCCGGCACCGUCUGCACCGUCUACACCAUCUCGGAGGGGCCGUGGGACAUCCACGACGAGAUCGACCUGGAGUUCCUGGGCAACUCCACCGGCGAGCCCUACACCCUCCACACCAACAUAUUCGCCUACGGCGUCGGCGGCCGGGAGCAGCAGUUCAAGCUCUGGUUCGACCCAAGCGCCGAGUACCACACCUACUCCAUCGUCUGGAACCCCAGGCGCAUCACGAUCGAGGUGGACGGCGUGACGAUCCGUUCCUACGACAACAACGAGGAGCACGGCGUGCCGUUCCCGGCGUGGCAGCAGCAGCGGGUGUACGGGAGCCUGUGGAACGCCGACGACUGGGCGACGCAGGGCGGGCGCGUCAAGACGGACUGGAAGCUGGCGCCCUUCGUCUCCUACUACCGCAACUACAACAUCACCUACUGCCGGCCGUCGCCGGGUGUGUCGUGGUGCGGCGCCGAGCCCGCCGGCUCCCCGGUCUUCAACCUCGCCCCCAAGGCGCGCGCCGACAUGCAGUGGGUGCGCGACAUGGGCUACGUCAUCUACGACUACUGCACCGACAGGAGCAACCGGUAUAACGACACCACCCGGCCCAAGGAGUGCUCGCUCCCGCCACGGCCAUGAAGAUCCUUUCGUUUUUUUGGCUGAGCUAGCCAGGGGGUUGAGGUUGAGCGAUCGAUCGAUUCAUUGUUUGGGUUCGAUACACACAGUAUCGUCCACUGAUUGUUUUUGUACAUCUGAAGAAACAGGUACGUGCGGUGCAGCGGGCUUGAUUCUUUCAUUGGAUUUCUGAUUCCGGCCUCCCCUUUUUCCUCCACCUGUAUCAACAUUUAUAUGACUGAAAGACACAGAGCAAUUUUUUUUGGCCAA